AAAAAAGGGAUAGAACUAACGAGAACUAUAAUAAAGCGGUUAAAAACAUUAUAUAGCGUUAUAAGUAAAUAUAAUAAUAAUAUAAAGCCGACGUAUACGUUUAAGUCCGCUUUAAAAGUAAGUACUAUAAAUAUACGUCUUCCUCUAAGUAUUAUUUUCCUAAAUCUAAAGCCGAGUUAG